AUGCCCAAGAAGAAGAUUAUCAUCGAUACCGAUCCUGGUAUCGAUGACAUCCUCGCUCUCCUCCUGGCUCUAUCUGCAACGUCAGAAGAGGUCGAGGUCUUACUGAUUUCAUUAACGUUCGGUAAUAUCGAAGUCAAGAGCUGCCUGCGAAAUGUUGUUUCAAUGUUCCAUAUCCUUGAAAAGGAGAUGCAGUGGCGUCUCGAGAAAGGCCGCCCCCAAGGCUUCGAGGCGUUGCGAGCCCACCCUCCGAUUGUUGCCGUCGGAGCAGAGGAUCCUCUCGAGGACCAAAAGAUGCUAGCAGACUACUUUCAUGGAACGGAUGGUCUAGGCGGAAUCCAUGCCAGCCACCCUCACUUUACUCCCACGGAAGCCUGGGAGCAUCUCUUCGACCCAACUUCCGAGCCUACUGAGAUCGAUCCUGUCCCCACAGGCGGUGCCCACCAGCAGUCCUUCAUCCCUUCAAAGCGCCGUGCGCACGAAGAGAUCCUCCGUGUCCUGCGGGAGAACGACCCGGACACGGUCUCCAUCGUUGCCGUGGGCCCUCUCACCAACCUGGCCUUGGCUUCAGCUGCAGACCCAGAGACAUUCCUCCGUGCAAAGGAAGUCGUAGUCAUGGGAGGAGCCAUUUCCGAACCUGGAAACGUCACCCCAGUAGCGGAGUUCAACUCCUACGCGGACGCAUUCGCCGCAGCUCGGGUGUAUGCUCUUACCUCGCCCUCGCCCCGGAGCACCAUCCCCCCGGGAACGAGUCUACCAGUGUACCCAGCCAGUCUCGGCAAACAGCUCACCGUGCGACUGUUCCCUCUCGACAUCACGCUCCGCCAUAAUCUGACCCGCGGCCAAUUCCGGUCAACAAUCACGCCGCUGCUAGAGGCGGGGUCGCCUCUCGCGACCUGGGUCUCGGCGUUUAUGGCCCACACCUUCGCCACGCUGGAGAGGCUCCACCCCAAGCAGAACGGAGACAGCGCGGAGCUGAGUCUCCACGACCCGGUCUGUGUCUGGUAUGCCAUCACGGCAGAGGACGGGGGAUGGAAGCCCUCCGCGACGUCGCCGGAGGAUAUCCGGGUGGAAACAACGGGCCAGUGGACGCGGGGCUUGUGUGUGGUCGACCGACGGGACCGACAUCCUAUCGAAGGAGACGAGGAAAGCUCGAGCGAUCAUGGGCUUUGGUUAAGCGCGCGCGCCGGGAAUCGGGUGUGGAGAAUGGAUCAGUCUCCUGUGGAAACCACCUUUGGGGGGAUUCUUAUGGACAGAAUCUUUUCCUAG